GGCAUCAGAGGUGAUGUGGAAGAAUCACAGGUGGUGUAUUAUGAUGUUCAAAAUAUUGAAUAGCGUACAGCCCAGGCCACCUUAAUGCUGUACCUGACUGACGUGAUCCUGGUACUGUACUGCGCUGUACUGCACUUCCUAAGAGGUAGCUCCACACAAGAUGACUACAACUCCACACAAGAUGAUAACGUCUCCGUGGUGUUCGGAAUAUUCACCAUUGUUAUUCUCUUCAUCGGCGGAGUGUCCGUCAACUUGUUCAACUUCUUCAGACGUGAGUCCCGCCUGCUGAAGAACCAGACACUGCUGAAGAAGGCGAAGAAAAUACUGAUGUUGUUCAUCCCAGGACAAGCCCUCCUGAGCUGGACCCUGGAGUGGAUAAAAGACCCCAGCAGCUGGAGCAUCAACUACUGGGUAGCAACACUGAGGAUCUUCCAUACUUCAGUAGGCUCCCUCGUACAGGCUGUGUUUCAGACGUUCAUCAUGAUCAGAUUGUGGUGGAACAUUACCAGCUAUUCUGAAGACUUUACUGUAAUGGUAGUUGGUAGUUCGGUGUUUGCAGUUCAUGCAGUGGUGGGCAUGUGUACCUACAUCUGGAAGGAGCACUACGAGGAGGAACACGAAACAAUCCCCAUCACAGAUUUCUUCUUUAUUUUCUUGUCCGUCUCUCUCAAUAUGUGUGGACGUAUCGUCUCUAUGGCUAUGGUAGCAGCAGUCAUCAGUUGGUGGUUUCUUAUAUUUGUAAUUGCAGCACCCAUCAUUUUUAAUUAUAUCAUGUGUUUGUGCACCACCAAGCCUUUAUGUACAGGAAGUGUUGCCGACAUCUUUUUCCGAUUUAUUAUGCCCUUGCCGAUAGCUGCACUGUACGCUAUGACCGCAUCCAAGGAGAAGAUAGCCACAAUAUUGACUACCGUGUGUUGGCUGGGUAUGUCUCUGCCUCAGAUAGUGAAGCACCACGAUACUAGUAUACAGUGGGUAGCAUGGGCAGUGCCCUUCGUCGCUCAGGUCGUGGCAUUUAGCUUUAUACUCUACAAAUGGAGCAUUUUUGAGAUCACAUUUACAAGGUUUGCACGAAUACUUAGCAGUGCUGAUUCUGAUAAAAAAGUUAAUGUCAAUAAAAAUAACACCAAUGGUUAUUUAGAAAAUGAUUACUGUUGAUAUUUAUCAAAUAAAAAUAUGUUGUUAAUAAUAGUAAAAACUAUACAUUGUGAUGACAAAAUUGAAAGUAGAGAGUAAUGCCAUAGUAGCCAUGACAGACAGGUGGACAAAUAAAUAUUAUUUAGCAAAUUAUUGUUACAACUUAAAAAAGUCUCAGACUCAUUUCCUGAAUAUAGAAAGAGGAAGGACACUGAACAUAAUGGUCAGUAGGCCAGAUAAUAACUUAUAUCAUAAUUAUAUUAUCUAAGUUUGGUUAACUAGUUUGUGGUGUGUAAUGAUAGACAGGAUGAACCACUCCCGGCUGCUCACAUCAUUUGAUAGACAAUUUCCUGAAGGUGAAUUUAAGCCCACCACUGAGGAAAGCUUCAGGAGCAAGAACUUUUACUUGAGUGUUAAAUAAGCAGCAUUUUCAUUCUCUCACACACACACACACCCCAACAAUCGCACUACACACAAAACAGACCAAGAUCUGUCGACAAGUGCCUUUAACAUUUAGUAACUACUGCAUACACCAACAAUCACACCAUACAUAACAGGUCAAGUGUCUAUCGACAAGUGCCUUUGACAACUAGUAACUACUACUAUUACUAUACUACUACUACUACUACUACGACUACACACACACACAUACACUGUCUCACUCUACGCUGAUGGUUUGAAAAAUGGCUCGCCUCUGCAGCUUUAUUUCCAAGGUUGAGUUUAACUCUUCAUUCCCUUCAAUGAAAUGUCUUCAUGCUGGUUAAGGGCUCUUGUUCUACGGAACUAGAGCUACCCUCCUCUUCCUUGAAUCAAACCUGAUUUCUUUUCAUUCCCCAGGCAAUGUGCAACACCUACGGAUUUAGCUCUUCCCCACAAUUAUCACAAUAACUAUCCCCACAAUUAUCACAAUAACUCGAUCUCAACGGUUCGUUCAUGACUCACAGAUGUUGGACCUUCUCAUGUAAUAAUUAUUAAUUAUUAUUCGUGGAAAAGCAUUAAAGCCGUCAAGGUCAUCCAGUCCAUGGGAAGUGGGAGGCAAUCAUAGUAGUAUCAUGUUUGUGUCAUGUUUGAAUCAUUAUAUCAUGUUUGUAUCAUGGUUUGUAUCAUGUUUGUCAUGCUUGUAUAAUGUUUGUAUCAUGUUUGUGCCAUGCUUGUAUCAUGUUUGUGCCAUGCUUGUAUCAUGUUUGUGCCAUGCUUGUAUCAUGUUUAUGCCAUGCUUGUAUCAUGUUUGUGCCAUGCUUGUAUCAUGUUUAUGCCAUGCUUGUAUCAUGUUUGUGCCAUGCUUGUAUCAUGUUUAUGCCAUGCUUGUAUCAUGUUUGUGCCAUGCUUGUAUCAUGUUUAUGCCAUGCUUGUAUCAUGUUUGUGCCAUGCUUGUAUCAUGUUUGUGCCAUGCUUGUAUCAUGUUUGUGCCAUGCUUGUAUCAUGUUUAUGCCAUGCUUGUAUCAUGUUUGUGCCAUGCUUGUAUCAUGUUUGUGCCAUGCUUGUAUCAUGUUUGUGCCAUGCUUGUAUCACGUUUAUGCCAUGCUUGUAUCAUGUUUGUACCAUGCUUGUAUCAUGUUUGUGCCAUGCUUGUAUCAUGUUUGUGCCAUGCUUGUAUCAUGUUUGUAUCAUGCUCGGAAAAUAAUAAAAAGGCACAAUACUACUGUGAUUGGAACAAUACACAAAUAACCCGCACAUAGGAGAAUGAAACUUAAGAAAAUGUUUCGGGCCAUUAACUAGUCACACAGAAGCGCGAAGGGAAGAGAGUCAAUGUAUAUACAAGAGGGGGCAAGGCCAGGAGAACGACAGGAGGUAGUAGUAUAAAAACAGAGGUAGUGGUAGAGGUAGUAGCAGUAGUAAGUAGUAAAAUAGUGCCAGAAGUGGUAAGAAGGGAGUAGUGGUAGUGACAUGAGAGUCAAAGAGUGUAGUGGGGCAAUAGCAUCAGUAGUAGUGGUGGAGGUAGUCUACAGACACCAACAAUAAUUGUAAUAAUAAUAAUAUCAUUAUUAUUAUUGACUCACAAAAAAAAGCUUUGUAUCUGAAUCUGUAUUAAACGAAUUAUUUUUC